AUGGAUCAGGUUCAUGUUGGUGAAGAUGUGGAUGUGUACCACAUCAGGGCUGUGCCUUUGCAAGAUGGCCAAUUGAUCGUUUUGGAUUCUGGUGCUGACAUCAGCCUUUUGCCUUAUAGCAUGGCUGAUCGUGGACAAGAUGGUGGCCGACGUUUUUCCAGGACAAUCCUGGAAGAUGCACAAAGAGGUCGACUUCAAACUUUUGGUAGAAGGUCAGCACAGAUUGAGGUUGAGGAUCGUGGCAAUGGUUUGGUGGUCAUUGAGGAUGACUUUGUAGUUUCGAAUGUGAGGUGUCCUCUUGUCAGUCUUGGCAGGCUUUUGCACAGAGGAUGGACUAUGACACCGACGCCUGAUGCCCCUGCUGGAGUCAGUCUUCUAGCUCCAGAUCGACAGUGCGAGAUUCCUUUGCAGUUCAAGCGCAACAGCCUUGCAGUUUUUGCGCAUAUCAGGGUUGUCAACAUGGUGGAUGAUGUUCCUGCACUACCUGCACAAGUGGCUUCUACAUCAUUGUCAUGCCCUAUGACCUGCAUUGAGGAAGAAAAUGAUGAAGAAGAUGGUAUGGGUUAUAGACCCUACAAACUGGUGGUGCAAACUGUGGUGCAACCUCACAAGGAGCUCACUGACCGCAUUUUUCGACGUGGUUGGACUAUGACUGAGGAUGGCAAUCCUUUCAUCAUCACCCCCGAGAGUUCAAGGUAUUUGAACCCUAGCAUUCUCUUUCCCUGGAGUGAGUGGCCAAGGAGAUCUACGUUGAUUCAGCUUCCAGAUUUUUCCUGGGAGGUUGUGGAGCACUGCGUGCCCUACUUCACCAAGAUCAACUAUGAGGACGAGAUUGCUGAAUGCUAUGGGAAGCCUUGUAUGGUUUUGACCAUGCUGCACAAGAAGGAGGAGCCUCUUUCAACCCUUGGCGUUUUGCAAGGUGAAGCUUCAGUUGAAGCUAGUGGAGCUGAUGCUGACGCCAGUGACUUUGCGUUUCAACAAGAAGCACCGGUUGCACUUGAACUUCAAGAAGGCCUCAAGCCUGAAGAAUUGGUUCAAGCGCAUCCUGGUGGUAUCCUUUUUUCUGAUGAUGCUGGUGGUGUGGAAUGGAUCUUUGACAACAAGGAUUCUUUGGUGGUCAAUGGCAAUGUGGUGACCAUCAAUAGCUCAUUGGAGAUGCUGAGAUCCUGCGCUUCUUUCAUGGGUGUUUCUCGAGGUGGGGCCAAGAAGGCACUAUGGGAUCGUCUUAACCAAGCAGUACAGCGGCAUGAACAUGAGAUGAUGCUUUCAGCUGCCAACCAGCUGUAUCGAGAGGAACAAGUUCACAAAGGAUUGGUGCCACAAUCAACCCCUCGAGUUCCAACAGCAGAAGAACGCAGUCUUCAUGAGCUGACUCACCUUCCUUACCGGAGCUGGUGUGAUCACUGCGUGGCCUGUAAAGCCCGAAGUGGCCCUCAAAGGAUUUUGGAUCCUGCACCAGAAGGAAGACGCUCUGUUCCCUGCAUUCAAGCAGAUUAUGCCUUUGGAAAGAUUGAGGCUGACAAGCCCACACUCACCGUUUUGGUUGCAGUCGACACAUGGACAAAGAUGGUCAUGUCCUACCCGGUGGAGUCCAAAGGUUCUGAUCUACGUGGACAAGCUGAGCAGUUGGUAAAAUUCUCUCUGGCUUUGAACUAUAUGGAUCAAGUUGAAUUUGUAGGUGACUCUGAGCCUACAAUGAAAAGCCUGAUGAGCAGUGUCAAGCUCAUGCGCCAACAGCUUGGGUUAGCAACAACAGUGACCCAUGCCAAGCCAAAUGAGAAGGGAAGAACAGCACAAGUUGAGAGAGCGAUUCAAACUGUGAGGCGGCAAGCUUCAACAUUGGUGAAUAUGGCAGAAGUGCGUUGCGAGCUGAGACUUCCUUCUGAUCAUCCAGUACACCUUUGGAGUUACCUUUACUCAACUUGGACUUUGAAUCGUUUUCACUGCCCAGCUGCUACUCAGAUUAGCCCUUUUGAGCUGGUCAAUGGAAGGCGCUAUGCUGGAAAGGUGGCUUGCUUCGGAGAAGCAGUGAUGGUUCUUCACCGUCGUGGCCUCAAUGUGAAACAAGGACCGCAAUGGGUGCCUGGCAUAUGGUUGGGUAAAACUGAGCAAGAAGAUCUUCAUGUGGUUGCUACGUGCGAUGGAAUCAUCAAGGGCAAGGCAAUCAGACGCACAUCGACCCCAUGGAGACCGCUUUGGCUUUUCCUUGUCAAGCACAAACCUUACCAGAGCACACGCAGAAGGAUUCCAAAAGCCCUCAAGUUUGGUGGCACGGUGACACCCAGACCUGUGACUCAUUCUCAACCUGAAGGCCAAGAUGAAGAAGCAAUCGACUAUGAUGCUCGGGAUGUUCGAGACUAUGCCAAGCAGCACCCCCACGACACCGAUGAUGAGGGUGAUGGACUUCUGGAGGAGCAAGAACAAGAUCGGAAGCGUGAAGCUGAUGGUGAAACUUUUUCUCCAAGGAAGGCAGGCAAGUUUCAGGAUGGUGGAAGUGAAGACCGUGGUGGUCAUGCGACAAGUGCAGCCAGUGGUCUGGCUGAUUCUAUGGUUUUGGAUGACACGUCAGUUCAAGAACCGCAGUCAAAGGCUCCGAGACUCAGCCCAGAGACAAGUCCAUCCAACAAAGGACUUUUCCCACCAAGUUUUGCAGGCAAUGUUUUGCAAGUUGAUGAGGUGGUCGGUGAAGUUGAUGAUGAUGGCUGGGAAGAAGCAAUCCUGGAGUUUUUGACUGGCGAUGAGGAGUUUCAGGACGAUGUUGGCAAUUUUCUGGAACCCCAAGAUGAUGAUGGUGAGCACCCACCUAUUCUCUCUGAGAGUGAGUUGGAAGUUGUGGAUCAAGCCGCUGGUUUUGAGGAAAUUAGCCGUCUUUUGGACAUGAAGGUUUUGCGUGAGCCCACACCUGAAGAGCGAGAACGUGGCACUCUCCUCACAACAAGGUCAGUCUAUGACUGGAGAAAACGUGGUGGUUGGAAAAGGAGAUGCAGGUAUGUGGCAAGAGAGUUCAAGGGCUACUCCAAGAACACGGCAGAGACGUUUGCCCCUACAGCAGGGAUUGGAAGCAGAUUGAUCCUGCUGCUCCAUGUUUAUUUGGGAUGGUGUUUGUCUUUCGUGGACAUCAAGGAUGCCUUUCUCCUAGUUGAUCAGCAAGAAUGCGUUUUGGUGGCCAAGCCUUCUUGGUGGAAGCCUGAAGAAGGACAAGAUGAUCAUGAGCGAGUUUGGAUCCUGGAGAAAUGCUUGCCUGGGCAAAGAAACGCUGCUGCUCGUUUCUUCACCUUUUUGAGCAAACACCUUGAGGAGCUGGAUAUGGAGAACACGCCCCUGCUGCCAAGCCUAUUCAGGCACCGCACUCGCCAAGUAGCUCUAUGUUCUCAUGUUGAUGACCUAGUUCUUUGCGGUGAACAAGGCGACCUUUUGUGGCUGAUUUCAAAGGUCAAGGAGCGGAUGACCAUUUCAGGUGGGGAUGUUAUCCCGGCACCAGAUCAGGAUCCACAAGAAGCAGUCCGCUUCCUGAAAAAGCGACACUUUUUCACAUCAGAAGGAGUUAUCGUGGCCCCGCACGAGCGAUACGUGGAUGACCUCAUUAAGAUGUUCCAGGUGGAGGGCUAUAAGCCCAAGCCUACGCCCGACCUUUCGCAUUGGUCCGGUGAUGAUGGCGAGCUGGAACCUGGCGAAGCUCAUCUUUUUCGAUCCGCGAUGGGCACACUCCUCUACCUCUCCGCUGAUCGGUGGGAUAUCCAACACAGUGUUCGGCAUCUGGCCCAGUGGAUGGCAAAACCCACCCGUUUUGCAAAAGCAGGAGUUCGGCACCUUGUUUUGUACCUGUCAGGUACCAAGACCUAUGGCAUGCUGCUCCCCUACAAGGUGAUUGGUGGAAAGCUGGAUUCAGUUUAUGGGCGCGAAUCAAACCCCAUGACCUCUGAGCUUGUGGAGGUGUUCACGGAUUCGGAUUGGGCAGGUGACCAGUCAAGUUGCUCAUCCCGAAGAAGGCAUUCAGUGUCAUCUGCGAUGAUUUUUCUGAAUGGGCGCCCUGUGACAAGCUGGUCCCGCUCCCAAAAGAGCAUUGCUUUGAGUUCCUGCGAGAGCGAAUACCUUGCAGCAGUUGGCGGAGGAGCAGAAGGAAUUCACAUUGGAAGGUUGUGGACAUUCCUUGUGAGAAAGGAGACUGAAGUGGAUGUGGUGACCGAUUCCAGUAGCUGCAGAGCAUUUGCCCAACGUCAAGGAGUUGGACGUCUCAAGCACAUCGAGACGAAAUACUUAUGGCUGCAGCAAUGUGUCAAAUUGGGCAUGCUCACGAUGACAGGCGUGGCGACGCUUUUGAAUGUGGCGGACAUCGGCACCAAGAAACUUUCAAGGAUUCGCAGAUCUUUUCUGAUGUUCCUCAUGGGCAUGGUGGUCUAUGACGAAGCGGCCAAAGCCUAUGUUCCUGUCGGCGAAUCUGAAUUCAAUGAGGAGAUGCGGAAGAAGGCCCUUAGCAAGAACAUGAAGAUCGUUCGCCAGGUGGUGCUGAACACUUUGAGCGAUGGUGCUGAAGGUCUUCAAUCGCAGAUUUCGAAGCCAAUGGUCAAAUUGAUGACCCUAUUGGCAAUGCAGCCUAUGGUGGAUGGCGUCAACACGGAGAUGAUCGAGCUCAAGACGCUGGAGAUGAAGUACGUCUACAUCGACUUCUUCCUGGACAACAAGGUCUUCGUGGUCUUCUACACCCUGGUCUUUGUCUUCAUUGGGAUUGGCAUUGGGUACCUCAUCCACAAGGUGGUGUACGUUGAGAAGAUUGUCCACAUGGCACAGUGGUCCAUGCGAAUGUGGCGACGCCUUCAUCGACGGCGCGAAGUUGCUUUGGUGGAUGAUUGGGACCCAUUGAACCACGAGCUGGUACAAUUCCGUGUUUUGGCUGAUGCAAGAGACGCCGAUUCUGGUGAGGAGUUCUUUCGUGAAACAGAGACAGGUUUGGCAAGAUUUGUGCGACCGCACUUUGAAGCGAGGAGACGCCUGAAUGUGGAAGAGCUGGAUCCGCUGGAAGCAAGUAUGCUGCUGGACCCUCAACUUGGUCCUGAGGAUGCGGAUGAGAAUGCAGAAGAAGAAAACAAGACAGAAGAUGAACCAGUAGAUGCUCAGGUUCAAACUGACUUCUCACCGAUGGUUGAACAUCGAGGCCCUGAACCACAUGUUUUGCACGAGACUGUGGAGCUGCCCGGAUCCCCUCCUGGGACACCUGAUGAUCUUCCAAAUCUACCUCGAGUUGGUUUGGAUUGGCAAAAUUUGGAUGUGGCCGAGGAGCACUUCCCACGCCUACAACGUGAACGAGCUCAACGCGUGCGUGAGGAGCUGCAAUCCAAAGAUGCUGCAGUUGAUGUUCCUCCCAGUUUGCCUUUGGAGGGGGAACUUGGAGUCAGAUGGAUGCCUCGGGUUGGUUUCGACCUGUUUGGCAAUGACGAUGGUGAGGGGCUUCAAGAACGCCUUGGCAUUUGCGAUGCCACCUUUUGCCCUCAUGACCCUGGGCCCUCUGAAGCGCAGGAGGCAGAGAUGGUGGAAGACCCUGAUGAGGGAAGUGGCUUGAAUCAGAAUGUGGACGAAGCUGGACCAGCUUCCAAGCUGCGAACCUUUGCCAAGCACGUCCGGGCACUGUGUGAUCGGGAUCACUUCGAGAUGCAGGACCUCACGUGGAUGAAAUCCCUGGCUUGUUGGUUGGACAUAUUCGAGGGGUGGAGCUUGUCUGGGCAAGUAGGCAAUUAUGUGCUGAGCAAAUUGUCGGAGAAGGUGGAGGAACGAAAUCCUUGGGCCCAUGCUGGUUGGACUGAGUGGGCUCGAGCAUUGACUGGCGACGGGGUCAAACUCUUAGAGUCGCGGUUGCCCUGUGACAAGAACAUCCCGGACAAGUACUUCCUGGGGGGCGUGCUCUUCGUUUUGUGCUCGAGAGCGCGUUGGGGCGACCUAAGCUGCAUGCAGGCUGUGGAGUUCGACAUCAUAGAGGUCUCUUCAAGCCCCUUCGGGUGCUACUCUUGGGACCUUUUCUCCAAACCUCUACGAGAGCUUUGCGGUUUGCUCCUGAACAUCAAGGAGGGCAAAUUCGUCCCAGAUGGCACGAGAUGUGGCUCAGUGGGCCCCAACUUGAGCUUACGCUUCGACCAGCCGAGUUGUGCCGUCGAACGUGGUGGCCCCACCAUGGGCAUUAAGUCGGAGGAGGUUCAAAGCUUCAAUGACCGACACAACCACGACGCACCUGAAACCAUCCAAGGAAGAGGUCGGUGCAUAUUUGCCCGCAUUCAGCGCGAAUGCACUCCCAUGGCGAAAUCCCUUACCACGAUUCUGCAGCAGGAAGUUCCUUCGCGUAUUUUAGCACUGGAUUUGCCGCCUGAGAGUUUAAGGGCGCGUGUGAAAAAAUUGCGACGGAUAUUCGACACCGCCCAAGCUAGAAGGAGUGGCUCACCCGCCACCUAUGCAGCAGCACCAUCGAGCAAAUCAGCGCUUGGUGGCACAUCUGCACAAGCCAUCUGCAAGGCCUUCAGCGCCUGGCAACGCUCCAGCACCUAG